CCGCGUCCCCGUUAGCCCCGCCCCGAGGGAGGGGCCGAGCCCGCCUUUUCGCCUUCGCCGCCGGCAGUGUGGGCUGUGCUUGAGCGCUGUGUUCCUCCAUCUAUGCAGGGCAGCACGAGGAGGAUGGGCGUCAUGACUGAUGUCCACCGGCGGUUCCUGCAGCUGCUGAUGACUCACGGCGUGCUGGAGGAGUGGGACGUCCAGCGCUUGCAGAAGCACUGCUAUAAGGUCCAUGACCGCACUGCUACCGUAGAGAAGUUGGAGGACUUCAUCAACAACAUUAACAGUGUCUUGGAGUCUUUGUACAUCGAGAUAAAGAAAGGCGUCACGGAAGAUGACGGGAGACCCAUUUAUGCGCUGGUGAAUCUUGCAACAACUUCAAUUUCUAAAAUGGCCUCAGAUUUUGCAGAGAAUGAGCUGGAUCUGUUUAGAAAGGCUUUGGAACUGAUUAUUGACUCAGAAACUGGCUUUGCAUCUUCCACAAAUAUUUUGAACCUGGUUGAUCAGCUUAAGGGCAAGAAGAUGAGGAAGAAGGAAGCCGAGCAUGUGCUGCAGAAGUUCGUACAAAACAAAUGGCUGAUUGAGAAGGAAGGGGAGUUCACCCUGCACGGCCGGGCCAUCCUGGAGAUGGAGCAGUACAUCCGGGAGACGUACCCCGACGCCGUGAAGGUCUGCACCAUCUGUCACAGCCUCCUCAUCCAGGGUCAAAGCUGCGAGACCUGUGGAAUCAGGAUGCACUUGCCUUGUGUGGCCAAGUACUUCCAGUCCCAUUCGGAGCCGCGCUGCCCCCAUUGUAACGACUACUGGCCCCACGAGAUACCAGUAUUUUCUGGCUUUUCUGCAUACAGAAGUCUUUGACCCCGAGAAGGAGAGGGAGGCCAGCAUCUCCAAAUCGAACAAAAGGUCCUUGCGAUCCAGGCAGCACUAGCCGGCCACCGCCUUCAGGGGAGUGACCGGCACGCCCCGUUUGGAAGAGAGGCAUCAGUUUCGUGUUUCCCGUGAUUCACCUCCUUUAUCUUUUACGUUCACUUGUUAACAGGUUUGGAAUAAACUUACUAAGCAGCCA